UGGAGCCCGAGGUCCCCGUGCGGCCGGGGCCUGGCGCCCUAAGGGGAAGAGCGGCCCGGCCCGAGCCAUGACGGACGGGAUCCUUGGAAAGGCAGCCACAAUGGAAAUCCCCAUCCAUGGGAACGGUGAAGCUGGGCAGCUUCCUGAGGACGAUGGGCUGGAGCAGGAUCUCCAGCAGGUGAUGGUGUCAGGACCAAACCUGAACGAAACCAGCAUUGUGUCUGGUGGCUAUGGGGGCUCUGGUGAUGGACUCAUCCCCACAGGGUCUGGCCGCCAUCCGUCUCAUAGUGCCACUCCCACUGGCCCUGGAGAUGAAGUAGCUCGGGGCAUUGCUGGAGAGAAGUUUGACAUCGUCAAGAAAUGGGGCAUCAACACAUACAAGUGCACAAAGCAGCUGUUAUCAGAGCGAUUUGGCCGAGGCUCUCGAACAGUGGACCUGGAACUAGAGCUGCAGAUUGAAUUGCUGCGUGAGACGAAGCGCAAGUAUGAGAGUGUCCUGCAGCUGGGCCGGGCACUGACAGCCCACCUCUACAGCCUGCUGCAAACCCAGCAUGCACUGGGUGACGCCUUUGCUGACCUCAGCCAGAAGUCCCCAGAGCUUCAGGAGGAAUUUGGCUAUAAUGCAGAGACACAAAAGCUUCUGUGCAAGAAUGGGGAGACGCUGCUUGGGGCUGUGAACUUCUUUGUCUCUAGCAUCAACACAUUGGUCACCAAGACCAUGGAAGACACACUCAUGACUGUCAAACAAUAUGAGGCCGCCAGGCUAGAGUAUGAUGCCUAUCGGACAGACUUAGAAGAGCUGAGCCUAGGCCCUCGAGAUGCAGGGACACGGGGCCGACUUGAAAGUGCCCAGGCCACAUUCCAGGCCCAUCGGGACAAGUAUGAGAAGCUUCGGGGAGACGUGGCCAUCAAGCUCAAGUUUCUGGAAGAAAACAAGAUCAAGGUGAUGCACAAGCAACUGCUGCUGUUCCACAAUGCCGUGUCCGCCUACUUUGCUGGGAAUCAGAAACAGCUGGAGCAGACCCUGCAGCAGUUCAACAUCAAGCUUCGACCACCAGGAGCUGAGAAACCCUCCUGGCUAGAGGAGCAGUGAGCUGCUCACAGCUCAACCUGGUUAUCAAGAAGGACAUUGGGAGGGGCAGCCCCAGGGUUGGGGAGAUUGGACAUAGGACAUCCCCUGCCACCUGCCCUCUGGCUUGGGCUCCCUCUUCCUGGCUGGUGCCUGACACCAGUUUUGCCCAAGCUGCUGUAGGGAGGGGACCAGCAGGCCCAGCAGCUGCCACCCUGUCCUAUAUACUCCUGGCCACUGGGCUACAUUCCCAGAACUUUUCCUUCCACUUCAUAGCCAAAGGCUAUGACAAAAUCACUCCCUGGCCAAUGGCAUCACUCCUCAGGCCUAUACCCAGUUCCUGGGGUCUGCCCCUUGACCAAUGGCAGAACCUCAAAAGGCCCUGUCAACCAGUGGCAGCUCAUCGUGGGCUCCUCUGGACCAAUGAUGUUGCCUCCAAUAUCCUUUGUCCCUCCUCUAUGCGUGCCCAUUGCAGAGAAGGGGACUGGGACCAAAGGGGUGGGGAUAAUGGGGAACACCCAUUUCUGGCCUUGCAUCUGAACGGGCCUCCCCCCAACCUACCUGGUUUAAUUGUGCUUAGAGCCCUGGAAGAUUGGGGUCUAGCACUAGGAAUAAACCUUUCAUAAAA